CACCGUACAAUCCAUCAACAAAUGGACAAGCAGAAAGAUUUGUACAAACCCUGAAAAACUCCUUGCGGCGCAUGAGAAGCAAUUCAUCUAAUAUGCAUAUUUUAUUACAACAAAUACUUAUGCAAUACAGAAACACUAGUCAUGCCGCGACAGGAAAAUCACCAGCGGAAUUAAUGUUCGCGAGAAGACUACAUACGCGUUUAGAUUUAUUAUUACCUACCGAAAAAGAAUGUAUACAAACAGAAAGCAAGCCAGUACCGAUUGUUUUCGAGGUAGGAAAAAGACUAGAUGAUGGACGAAUUUGGAAAAGACACAUUAAUCAAAUGCGUGCGAUAGGCGAGAAAACACCAGCGAAGAUGUUACAGGACAUAAUUUCCAGUAACGAUUUUACAAUAGAUAAUACUCCACCAGAAAUAGAAAGGCCAUUACAGCAAGCACCAGAGGAACCAGAGCAUUUACAACAAGAGUUGCAUCAUCAAACAAUACCUGUGGAAAAUAGCAAUGAAACACAGGAAAAUCUCCCGGAUAGAGCCACAGAACCCAUAGUGGAAACUCCUACACGAGUUUCAAGGUCACCAAGAAGACCAC